AUGAGCAUGCAAAAGCUCCUUGAUAUCGAUCCUCAGCAGGCAGCUUUUCGCCUUGAGGUGGGGAGACAAGUCUCUUGCAGAAUUAAGAUAUCUAAUAACUCCCAAGAGCAUGUUGCUUUUCAGGUUAUGACGACAAAUGUUCAUAAAUAUUGUUUUCGACCAAAUGCCGGAGUUCUUAAGCCCGGAGAAUGUUUAGAGAUUACAGCAACUAUGCAAGCCCUAACAGAGAUCCCUUCUAACAUGGCGUGUAAUGAUAAGUUUGUGAUAAGAAGUGUUGUUGCAACUCCUCUUCACACAGCAGAAACCGCACACGAGUUGUUCAGUGAAGGAACACUUGCGUUUGAAGAAUGCAGAUUGAAAGUGGUAUGUUUCAAAUGCAUCAGUUUUAGCUACAAUCCUGGUACUAUGAAUGCUCAUAUGGCAGGCGGUUCCACGACUCGCCCACCACUGCUUACUGGAACCAAUUACUCUUAUUGGAAGACCAAGAUGAAGAUGUUCAUCAUGUCAAUGGAUGAAGAUGCAUGGCGCACAGUUCUGACUGGCUGGAAACGACCUGUUGCCACAGAUGAAAAAGUAUCCUUAGAACCUUGA